AUGGUGAAGUCGCUGACAACAGAGGACUUCAUGAAGGCUUACCGCCGAUUUAGCGCCCGACGAGGCUGCCCGGCCAGCCUCAUGAGUGACAACGCCACAACAUUCCGUGGCGCUGCGUCCGUGCUGGCUGCAGAGGGUGUCAAAUGGCACUUCAUCGUUGAGCGCGCUCCGUGGUGGGGCGGCUUUUGGGAGCGGAUGGUGGGACUCACCAAGGCCGCUCUGCGACGCACCCUGGGAUCUUCACUGAUGUGGGAAGAGUUGGAGACCGUUCUGUGCUCGGUGGAGUCAGCGAUCAAUGCGAGACCUCUAACGCCCGUCAGCGAUGAUCCCGAUGAUAUUCAACCGCUACGACCCGCUGACUUUCUGCACUGUGCCUUCGAACGGAGCGAGGCUGCCAGGAGGCAAUCGGAGCAGCUGACGCGGAGGCGCCGCUACCAGCAGAGGAUCGUCACCAGCCUGUGGACUCGGUGGCAGCGCGAGUACCUUCGGAACUUGCGAGACUUCCGUCACAACGCCUCAAGAGUGGACCUCGAGCCGGCACCGGGCGAUGUUGUGCUGAUCGAGGGGGAGAGGUCAUCCAACCGGCUCGUCUGGACCACGGGCACAGUGAAGACCCUGCACCCUGGCCGGGACGGGCGGUCCCGGGCCGCGACCGUGCACACCCUCCGGGGUGACGUGCGGCGUCCUAUUCAGAAGCUGUACCUGCUGGAGGCGGCCUCUCCACCUGAGGAAUGA